AUGGCGAAUUCGCAGAGCCCUUCCAACGCCGCCGACCGGCCGCGCCUCACCGAAGCCCAAAAAAAGGAAAACCACAUCCGGUCCGAGCAAAAGCGACGCGAGGCUAUCCGCGAAGGGUUCGACCGCCUCGCCUCGAUCGCGCCUGGCAUGGAGGGUCAAGGGCGCAGCGAAGCCGUCGUACUGGAAGCAACGAUCAAAUACAUGAGGGAGAAGAUCAUGGAGCGUCAGAAAAUCAUCGCCGAGGCAAAGGCACAGGGUGUGGAUACGACAGGGUGGGAGCUACCCAAGGAGACGUUGGAGGCGUGCGAGGCGCAGUUGAAGCGGACUCUGUUGGAGGAACAACAGGAUGCAAUGAUGGCGAAGAAGAGCUGA